GGUUGACCCAUAGAGGUCAACAUCAUUUAAUUCAUCAACAGGGCAAAGAAUCUCACGGUCAGAUGGCACCAUCAGAGCCUGAUUUUGAUGCCACUCAAAGGUCAAAAUCUCUAGAUAAUGUUUCUGAGGUCAGUGAUUCGUCACAAGUGUUGCUUUGUAAGGAAGGAGAUCCAAGACAACCACCUAAUAUGGAAAUCACCAAGCAACCCAGGUCGUGGUACUCAUUCUUAUGUAACAGAUGGCUGUCAUUAUUUGGGACAUUGGUGUGUGGGGUGAUAAUGUUUGGAACACAGUGGAUUUAUGCUCUAGUAGAAGUCAUUGCUGCCAUAGGUGUCUACAUCUACAUAGGCCAGGCUAACCCUGGCUACUUUCCGGGUAUAGCUGAAUUUAACUUCUAUAAUUGGAUGAAAUCAGGGCUACAAAGAUGUAUAAGUGGUAAACGGAGCCAAGAAGAAGUAAUUGUUGCUCCCACAACUCCAGCAGUUACCACCCUUGCUGCACAGCUUACAGAAGACAAUGAAGAUUUUGCUGGUAGGGGGCGCUAUCACCAAUCAGAAGUAGUGCAGGGAGAGAACUUUGAUGAUUAUGAUGAUGAAAGUGAGAGUUAGCUUUCCUGUCUAAGGAUGAACUUUAAAUUCUUUGAAAUUUAAGAUAGGUUAAUAAUGUUGACACAGAAUUCAAUGUUCCUUGCCAAAGGUUUUGAAUUGUCAAGGGAGAUAAUUGCCAUUGGAAGAAAUGUUAGAGUUAGUGUUCAUGACUGUCAAUGAUAUGUUCAUAAUAAUGUUGUUAAAAGAGAUAAAUGUAAACUAACAUUAGAUAGUAAGCUAGCAUUCCUGAUUAUAUUUCACAAGUUUAAGCUUGACUGAACGAUGUAGAGUUAUCACACUGAUUUGAUUAGAUUUCUGGUUAAAGUUCUUGUGCCGUAGAAUAUUCAUAACUAUAUUUCAAAGAAUUUAUUUCAAACUUUAUAUGUAUAUGUUUCUUAUGAU